CAAACUUGCAACAGUUUAGGUAACGCUAUUCCUUAUUGUUCGCCGUUACCAAAUGAUGUAUGGUCAAAUGGAACAGUACAUACCUUUGAAUGGAAUUCAUUAUAUCCAUAUUACUCGUCUUCGGAUACCUUAGAUCUUUACUUGUAUUAUAAAGAAAAUCUUCAAUAUCGACCAAUCAAAAAUUGGACAGCGUUACCAUGCAACGUUGGUUCCUGGACAACUCAAGUGGACGACUCCUGGUUCCCUGUUCCUUUGUAUAGUCAAUCUCAAAAAAAAUGGAUCAUGUAUGGUUACUAUUUGCCUUCUUCUACUGAUCCAAAGGAAGAAUUAUCCAAUCCUGCUAGUCGAUAUCCACGUCCUUUUAAUUUUACUGUUCUCCGUAAG